GCAUGCGCAUUACCGGUUCACCACCAGCAGAACAGGGUUUUUUUUUUUAAGCAAAGCCAACUUUAUUAGGGUGCUUUUUACGAAGUGCUGUCGUCUCCAGCAACUACUCAUUUCUUGUUUAUUCGUGAAGCUAUUUCUUUUCGUGCUCUCCCCUUCACAUCUGCACAAGAGGGAGGCGCGCGCCUAUCGACACCUGCUUUUCAUCGUCGCGUGGUGACCGCCUUUUUUUUUGUCUGUGUGUGUGUGUGUGUUUGUGGGCUUGCGUGACCGCCUUCUCCGAAGAAGGUAUUUUCAGUGUACACCAUUUUCACUGCUUCUUGUAUUUCUGCGGCGCAUCCACAUGACUCUUUAAAGAGAAGCGAAUCUGGCCUUUAUCACAAGCCGUAAACUUCGGUUGUAACCCCUUAGUGUUCUUUUCGACUUAAAAGAAAAAGUGACAUGGUGUACUGCGAUCCAUAAGAGGAACCCAACUAAGAAUAACACGCAUUUAAAACAAAGCGUUGCUCGUCGUUAAGCGAAUAGAAAGAGAAACCGACACACUCAGGCGCCAUGUCCGUCCGCUCCCACGUCGACUCGGAGAACGAUGUGGUGUUGGAGAAUGUCUCCUUCACGUCGCACUUCCCCAUGGCGGGCCGCGGUGCGGCGGCCGACUUGGAGUCUAUCGCGCACGCCAUCGCCAGCACCGGGCACCGCUCCGAGGCCGGCGGCGGCUCGAUCGCCCCCAGCAACCCGGAGGCGGAGAUGAGCGAGGACAUCCCCACCAAGGAGAUCAUCAAGAAAUUCUUCUUUUUGGGCUACCCGGUCAGCCUCUCCUCCCUCGCGACCUUUUCGCUGAACUUGGUGAUUAUCGCGGUGAUUGGGCAGAUGGUGAACCUCCAGGCGAUGGGCGGCGCGUCCCUCGCCCUCGGUCUGGUGAACGCGACGGGCUUUGCCUUUGGCGCGGGUCUGUGCGGCGCGCUCGAGACGGUCCUCUCCCAUAGCUUCGGCCUCUUCCUGCGCGAGGAAGAGAAGCGCAAGAAGGAGGCGGAGGCGACGGCGGCGCGCGAUGGGACGGCGGUGCCACCGCUGGUGCCGCACACCAUUCACAUCUUUGGCAUCUACACCCAGCGCAUGGUCCUGAUUCUGCUGGUGGCCGCCAUCCCGCUGGGCUUUAUCCUGUGCUUUGCUGAUGCUUUUCUCACCGCCGUGGGCAUGAGCCCCAGCAUUGUGCACUACACGGGAAUGUGGUGCCGUUGGGGCGUCUUCGGCAUCCCUGCGGCGAUGGGCUUCCAACUUCUUCAGCGGUACUACUCCUGCCAGCACCUGACCAAGCCGCUUCCCGUGGCCCUCUUCUGCGCAGCCCUUGCGAAUCCGGUCUUGCAGUACAUCUUCGUGAAGCUCUUCGGCUUCUCUGGGUCGCCGAUUGCGUGGUUGGUGCUCAUGACCGGCACGGUGGGGGGCCUGAUCGCAUACCUGCGCUUCACCGGCAUCUACAAGACCACCUGGGGUGGCUGGGAUGUCCGCUGCACGCAGGACGUCGGCAGCCUCGUCGCCAUCGCCCUCCCCUCGAUGGGCAUGAUGCUGAGCGAAUGGGUGGCGCUGGAGGUGAACGGUCUCGUGGGCGGCUACGGCACCCCGGCCGAGCUCGGCGCCUACACCAUCACCCUGCAGGUCUUUGGCGUUAUGUGGGCCAUGGGCUCCGGCGUGAUGAUCCUAACGAGUGUCUUUGUGGGCAACGCGGUCGGGGAGGGAAAACCCAUGCUGGCUCGGCGGGUUGCCUUCACUGCGGUUGGAGUCGUGAUCUGCGUCGCCGCCUUCGACGUGGUGCUGUGCCUCCUCUUCGAGCCCUUCAUCCCGGCCUUCUUCGUCCCACAGGAGGAGAUCGCGGCGGUGACCCCGAUUUACCGCCAGCUGAUGUAUAUUGUGAUGCCCUACCACUUCUUCGAUGUUUUUCAGAGCACUAUUAUGGGCGUCUUUCGCGGCUGCGAGAUGCAGAAGCUCGGCGCGAUUAUCAUCUCCACCGCGUUCUGCAUCGUCGGCGUGCCCCUCAGCUUUUUACUCUUCUUCUACUUCAAGAUUGGCAUCAGGGCACUGUGGAUUGGCCCGUUUGUCGGGGUCGCUGUGGUGGGCGCGCCCGUUUACAUCUACAUCAUGUUGCGGUACAUUAAGUGGGAGGAGCUGAAGCCGCACUCGGAUGCCUCGCCGCAGUUGGCGGACAGUAGUGCGAAUGCCGGUGUCGCGGCCCCACCAGCGGCGGCCACGGCGUCGCCCGCCUCCGCCGCUGCGGAGCCGAAUCUGGACAGCGCGGCCGGCACUCCGACAGCGGCGCAGGUGGCGGCGGUGCGUAGGUUUGUGGACACGACCACACCGACCACCACCACGAAGAGAAUUGUGGCGGCGGUGUCUGUGGACUCAAAACCGGCGAAGGAAGAGUAG